CUGGACCAUCACAACCCUAGCUUUGCUUGGGCUUCCAUGUACUGUACGAGUAUUUGUACUCUGUACCGUUCCUCGCCAACGCAAAGAGCCAACGCCAGCUGCUUCUCCAACGAACGACCUUUGUCGGGUGUUGCCAACGGUACUGAGUUGUCUGGUCUAUCUAGUGUUCAUGUUCCUGUUCCUGUUCCGACUUGAUUGACCUGCAAAUUCAAAAUCCCUCUACACCGGCACUUGCCUCUUGCCCUUUGAGCUUCCUCAGCCUACAAGUACCUCCCCUCCACCUCCACCUCCACUUCCACCUCCACCUCCCCCUCGCCCUCGCCAUCACUCUCGCGAUACUAUACUGUAGCUGCGCAUCCAUAACCAGCCCUGCCGAGUACUCGUACAGGUGCUUUUUCUCCGACCUCGUUGACGAAAGCUGGCCCUCUCCUCUGCCCCUCAUCCACUAGCACCACCAGUGCUGAAUCCGCGAACGCGGGUAUUUUCUCGAAACGCAAUACGAGUGAUCUUCGCCACAGUCACCACCACCUCGACUGGGUCGACUGCGUGCGCAUAAAUUAGUGUGUUGAUCGCAUUGCAUCACAAACCACAAACCUCAAACCAACAACUGCAGCUUCUCCCGAGCGCCCCUCCUCCUGCUCACCUCAAUCUUUGGUGCCCACUCGCGACUUGCCCCGGUGUGCGACUGCUGCCGCUGUUACUGUUGUUCAGGUCCUCGCCAAAAUUCAGACAUCUCUACCUAACAAUUCACCGAACUACCAACGACCCCACUUCACUCGUCCCAGCCCGACCGACCAAGUCUGGCACCAAACGACAAUAAGUCCUUUCUAAACAACAACAAAUCCCCCUCGUGGUGAGGAGAGACGCGUCACACCCUUCCUAAUACGAACCAACAUCUCGGCACCAUGAAUAACGACGAAGACGCCCUCAGCUCGGUCUUCAAGAAGAUCGAGCGCGAAAAGGCUCUGCUUAAUGCCGCAAAUUCCAUGAGACAACAAACACAGAACGAGCAGGUACGAGCAAGAAUAGAUACCCAGAUGCGCGAUGCGCGCCGGAACAUACAAUAUCUCGAGGAACGAAUGCAAGAAUUGCAGAUGCGGCAAGUUGGCCAGGGAGUGGAAAACAUGAGUAUGGGGUCGGGAGGUCCGUCUGGUUCUGGGAGACCACAAAGCUCCCGUAACGACAGUGGUCCUCCUGCUUUACCACCCAAGGACUCAAGAGGAGCUUAUCCAGACCCAGGACCUGAGCAGGGUGGUUAUGGUACAGAGGACUAUAGUCAAAUUGGUGGUCAUGACAACAUCAUGCCUCCCAGACAUCCAUAUGCUCCCCCCGGGCCAGGCUCCUCAGUGCCAAAGUCACGCCCCAAUUUCACAAAACUUGGUAAGUACUGAAAAAUGAUUGGUCUCAAAAUCUCCGUACUAACUUGAAUUACUAGACCUUAUCAAAUAUGAUACACCUUAUCUGGGACCCCGCAUUCAACUUAUGUUGUCACAACUGGAAUUCAAACUCAAUGUAGAAAAGCAAUAUCUUAAGGGUAUUGAGAAAAUGGUUCAGCUGUAUCAAAUGGAAGGCGACAGAAAAAGUCGAGCUGAUGCCGCAGGACGCCGAAUCGAAAGUACCCAAAAGAUCCAACUACUCAAACAGGCACUCAAACGCUAUGAGGAUCUCCAUAUUGACAUGGAAAGUAAUGCGGAUGCUCCAGAUGGUACGUCUAACGUUGGACUGGAGUUUUCUUUUUGGGUGUAUACAAAGCUAAUGUUCUGUAGAUGACAGCAUCAACACCCCAAAUAUGAGAAAACCCUUGACCGGGCUUCUUUCUGUACGAAUACAUGCCGUUAAAGACGUUGACCACGCCACUACCAGUCGAUUCGCGCGCGGCCCUGAGACUUCCGUUGCCAUUAAAGUCGAAGAUAACGUAGUGGCUCGCACAAAGGCUUCCAGAAAUGACAAAUGGGAGAACGAAUUUCACAAUUUGAAUGUGGAUAAAGCAAACGAAGUUGAAGUUACCGUAUACGAUAAGCCCAGUGAACACGCUCUCCCAGUCGGGCUUUUGUGGAUCAGAAUCUCAGAUAUUGUCGAAGAGAUGCGCCGCAAAAAGAUCGAAGCCGAGAUCAACAGUUCAGGAUGGGUGUCUGCUGACCGAAUGGCUGGUGGAAGCAUCUCAGCACCACCUUCACAAUUCAACAUGAGCCCGCAGCAAAGCCAGUUUGGAGGCCCAGCUGUGAGUGCAGGAGGUGAGAUGGACGCUGUAGAUCCGGCUAUGGGUGCAGCUCCAGGUAACGUUGCUCCUCCUCAACCCAUUGAUGCCUGGUUCGCCCUCGAACCUACAGGUGCAGUGCAUCUAACGAUAAGCUUCCAAAAGCAAGCAAAGAAUAGUCGACCCUUUGAUGCAGGAUUAAACCGAAAAGGUGCUAUUCGUCAAAGAAAGGAAGAAGUACACGAAAUGUACGGUCACAAGUUUGUGCAACAACAAUUUUACAACAUCAUGCGAUGUGCUCUAUGUGCAGAUUUCCUCAAGUAUUCUACUGGGAUGCAGUGUGAGGACUGCAAAUAUACUUGCCAUACCAAGUGUUAUCGAUCAGUCGUUACCAAGUGUAUCAGUAAAUCCAAUGCGGAGACUGAUCCCGAGGAAGAGAAACUCAAUCAUCGUAUUCCUCAUCGUUUCGAAAAGUUUUCAAACAUGAGUGCAAACUGGUGUUGCCACUGUGGAUACAUUCUACCUUUUGGCAAAAAGAAUUGCCGUAAAUGUACUGGUAAGUCGAGUUUAAGGCAUCAAAAACACCACAUGUCACUAAUUGAAUUUAGAAUGUCAACUUACUUGUCACGCUGGAUGUGUACACUUGGUUCCUGAUUUUUGCGGUAUGUCUAUGGCAGUCGCAAAUCAGAUUCUUGAUGGCAUCCGUACUACCAAGCGUCGCCAAACAACCCAACCUACAAUGACCGGGCGCCAACUACGACCACAAUCCGCAAAGCCUUUACAAGAUGGUCACAGCUCUCCAGAAGCUCGUACAUCAUCACAACAUGGAUCUCCAGAAAGUCCACGAUCCCCUCGAAGUCAGUCUUAUGGGCCCUCUUCAGCGUCUUCGUUGGAAGCCACCGAGGCUGCGAAGACUAUGUACGCUUUAGGACAAACGUCUCCAACGCAGUCGCAAAGACCUGGACCUGACCGAACUGCCUCCUCGUCAGCAACAGCCGCUGCUGCCGCCGCAAUGGCAGGGAACCGAACUCAACGUACAUCGUCGGACUAUGCAACAGGAGGUAGUCGUCCUUCCACUGGUGGUUAUUCCGGCUCACCCCAACUCAAUACACACAUCGAAGACGGAAAUCUCGGUUCCUCUCCAAAGGCUCAAGUCUCAGCUCAACCUAGCUACAAUCCAGCCGCCUACGCUCAAGUACAAAUGGGUGGCUAUCAAACGCAGCCUGUUCAACAGCAACAGCAACAACAUGUGCAACAAAACGUACAGCCUCAUAUGCAACAGCAACAGCAACAGCCACCUAUACAGUCACCGACUCAUCAGGCGUACAAUCAGCAACCCGGGCCAAGACAAGAACCUGCUCCACCGUCUGUUUCGGCCGCCGUCGUUCCUCGUAAAACUGCUCCCGCCGCCAAUGAACCUGGUACUGGACGUCGUAUUGGUUUGGAUCACUUCAACUUCCUUGCUGUGCUCGGGAAAGGUAAUUUUGGAAAAGUCAUGCUUGCGGAAACCAAGCAAACCAAGCAGUUGUAUGCUAUCAAGGUUUUGAAAAAGGAAUUCAUCAUUGAAAAUGAUGAGGUUGAAAGUACCCGAUCCGAGAAACGCGUGUUUUUGAUUGCUAACAAGGAGAAUCAUCCCUUCUUACUGAAUCUUCAUGCAUGUUUCCAGACGGAAACCAGAGUCUACUUUGUUAUGGAGUACAUUAGUGGUGGUGAUCUCAUGCUGCAUAUCCAGCGAGGACAGUUUGGAACGAAGCGUGCACAGUAAGUCCUGCCGAAACCAUUUUUCUUGAGAGGCUAUGCUGAAUUGAGUCCCAGAUUUUACGCUGCAGAGGUUUGUUUAGCUCUAAAAUAUUUCCAUGAAAAUGGAGUCAUAUACCGUGAUCUUAAGUUGGACAACAUUCUCUUGACAAUGGACGGUCACAUUAAAAUUGCAGAUUACGGUCUUUGCAAAGAAGAAAUGUGGUGGAACUCAACCACGAGUACUUUCUGUGGUACACCUGAAUUUAUGGCUCCCGAGGUAGGCGUCCCGACCCUUUCUUACUUCGUUUCAUGUUUAGACUAAUAUUUGUAGAUCUUGCUGGACAAGAAAUACGGUCGUGCAGUCGAUUGGUGGGCCUUUGGUGUGCUCAUCUAUCAAAUGUUACUUCAGCAAUCUCCUUUCCGUGGUGAAGACGAGGAUGAAAUUUACGACGCCAUUCUUGCUGAUGAACCGUUGUACCCGAUCCAUAUGCCUCGCGACUCGGUUUCAAUUCUCCAGAAGUUGCUCACUCGUGAGCCUGACCAGCGUCUUGGAAGUGGACCAACAGAUGCUCAGGAAAUCAUGAGUCAACCUUUCUUCCGAAACAUCAACUGGGACGAUGUAUACCACAAGAGACUUCCACCGCCAUAUUUGCCUCAAAUCACCAGUGCUACAGAUACCAGUAAUUUCGAUUCCGAAUUUACGAGUGUGACUCCAGUCUUGACUCCAGUACAGUCCGGUAAGUCUUUCCAUUCUCUUCACACAAAGGCUGAUGCUAACGGGGUCAACGUACAGUAUUAUCUCAGGCUAUGCAAGAAGAGUUCCGUGGCUUCUCAUAUUCGGCCGAUUUUGUUUGAGUGUUAUGACCGCCUUCAUACCUAGUAAUUACCACACGCCAGGAUUAAUGAGUCUCGCCAACAUGAUAUGGCUGGUACUAAGAAAUGCUGGUUCCAGAGGCCG